AUGAAGACAGCCGUUGUGUUCCUGACCGUUGCCGGUAUUGUGCUGUGUCGUCCCAACCCACCAGAUAUGCCCCCUAUCCCCCCUCCAGGUGGUCCAGGAGGUCCCGAGGGAAUGGGUGGCCCAUUUGGUUCACACUGGCCCCAUCCACCACCUCCAUUCCUUAAUGGUCUCAGCGAGCAAGCUCGUCAAACGUAUAUCACUAUUAUGAAGGACAUGAAUAACACGAUCGCUAAGAAGAAGUCUGACAUCCUCGCAUGGGCACAAGCAAAUGGAGUUCAGGCACAAGUGGAAGAGUAUGAGAAAAAUAUGACAGACUACAAAGAAGAACUGAAAAAGAAUAUCACGGAUUUGAUCAAAGAGCUACCGUCGGCUAAUAAGAAAUUCAACGAAAUCAUCGACAAUGAAGACCAGAGCAUGUCUCAAAUAAAGACCGCCAUGGAUACAUUAUCUGCUGAGAAUCCCAAGGAUCCUACUCAACCAUGCUCCACUAGACCCUUCUACGGAGCGUUUCCAGCGCAUGUCUGA